UACUUAGACAUCCAUAACGUUUUCACCAAAUCAACUCUGCCAUUUCGUCGAUUGUCCUCCUCUUCCCUUGACGGUGCAAAGCAGCAUCUCCAUCGCAAUGGAUUACCACCGAAUCCACCCGGUGGGCGUCGGCUCGCCGGCGCCGGCGCCGGACAGCCAGCAGCAGGUCGGCAAGGGGAGGUCGACGGCGAGCUACGGUGAGAAGGAGCAGCUGCCGAUCACCGCGCCACGGCCGUACGCGCCGGCACCGCUGCCGCCGCCGCCGCCGCGGCGCAGGAGCCGCGGGCGGCGGUGCUGCCGGUGCGUGUGCUGGACGCUGCUCGCCGUACUCGUCCUCGCCGUGGCGCUGGGCGCCACGGCGGGCAUCCUGUACGCGGUGUUCAAGCCCAAGAUACCGGACUUCCACGUGGACCGGCUCACCGUGACGCGGUUCGACGUGAACGCGACGGCGGCGACGGUGAGCGACGCGUUCGAGGUGGAGGUGACGUCGACGAACCCGAACCGGCGGAUCGGGAUCUACUACGACGGCGGCGAGGUGACGGCGUCGUUCAACGGCACGGAGCUGUGCCGCGGCGGGUUCCCGGCGCUGUACCAGGGCCACCGGAGCACGGUGCGCCCCGUCAUCCUGCUCGCCGGCGAGACGCGGCUGGACAGCGCCGUGGCGCUGCAGCUGGCGCGGCAGCAGCAGGCCGGGUUCGUGCCGCUCACGGUGUGGGCGCGCGUGCCGAUCCGCAUCAAGUUCGGCGCCAUCAAGCUGUGGAAGAUGACCGGGAAGGCGACCUGCAACCUCGUCGUCGACAACCUCGUCGCCGGCAGGCAGAUCCGCAUCCGCUCCAACAGCUGCAGCUUCAAGCUCAAGGUCUGAUCGAGCUUUGUAGAGGCGUUGAUCCAUCUCCAUUUCUGUGAAUCCAUCCGUUGAGUUGAGAUUAGCAGGUGGUAGAGGCGUGUAUUUUUACAUUUUUACCAAUACUAGUUUCUGUGAAUCCAUCCGUUUUUGGAAGCUCUGCUACUCAGAUUAGGUUUAAUGUAUGAGCACCGAUGUAUAUAUGAAAAUGCAUACGCGAUGAAUUUCUUUGAAAAUGGCAAUAAAGAUGGCGAAUUUGUUCGUCUGGCAUGCCCCAA